GUAGCAACAACACCCAGCGAGCCUACCUGGUACGGAAGCCAUCGGAUUGAUUUUGGCCACGCCACGCUCCCUAUUUUUGGAAUACAGAAGACAGCACGAUACGAUCUCGCACCUACAUUCCACCAAUACAGCAGCGCAAUACAACACAUCACAUCACAUCACAACACAACUCAUCACGACACACCACAUCACAACACAUCACAUUGCACGAGCUUGCCAUGGCGCUGCAGCGAAGAACCACGCAAGCUGCCCUUGCAUCCGUGAGCUCGAUCGCAACGGCGGGGCACCGGUGGACCUCCCCGCGAAUGCUGCUGCUGCUGCUGCUGCUCACCGAGCGGGCGGAGGCCUACUCGAUCCGCCCGCCCGCGGUGGCACGCGGUUUCCACACGGCGGGGAGGCGGCGCCUUCCGAGGCCGCGGGCGAAGGUCCUUGCUCUCUCGGCGGCCGGCCGGAACCACGAUUGGACCCGGAACGCCACCGCCGUGGUGCCCGUGGUCGAGGAGUCCCCGGGGAGCGACGGGGACUU